GGUCAAGACCAGACCGGGUCAAGACCGGACCGGAUUAAGAUCGGACUGUAUACAAUCCAAUUUUUGGUUCUUUUAUUCCCGAAAAGACCGGACUGGGACCGGAUCAAUUCAGACCAAUUUAACCAGACGGACAGUAUAGUCAUCCCUACUUGCUCAGUAGAAUGGACAACAACAGUCAGACGUGUACCAACGUAAGUUGUCUCUUGGUUGUGUUUACUCUAAGUCUCUUCGAUCUAUUAAAAGAGUAUUACGGCGAACAAAUAUUUGAUCGAGUAAUACUACUACCAUCGGUAUAUUUAACAUGAAAGUACUAUAUUCGAAUACUUUAAAUAACAUCUAACCAUAGAAUAUAUAUAGGGGUGAUGUAUUCCGAAAUCUAAUAGAAUAAUGAAUUUUUAAAUAUAAUCCUAACUGACGCAUUUCGUAGUUCGAUUGCUUAGUAAGUAAUUAAAUGACAAAGGUGCCACAAUUUUUAAAUUUUUUUUGUGAGAACAAUUUAUAAUUUCAAACAACAGUUUACUAUCUGAAUUUAUAACCUAAGACAAAUUUUAACCUUUUUUUUAACUUUAUGUAUCCUUAUAGCUAUGUCUGGUAGGGGGUGUGAAACGCUUCUGUUCGGUCCGGACCAGACCAAAAUCAUGAGAACCGUGAUCCAUUAGUGAAAGACAUCUUAGGAUCAAAGACCGGAUGAGCAUUGUGUUCGGUCCAUUUGGUUCGAUUCGUUUUGGUCUAAAUAUCAGUUCGGUCUAUCAUUUCUUCGGUAUUUGUAAAAUUCAUAUGGACCAAAGACCGAACCACAUUAUAUUCAAUCCGGUGAGGUUCGGUCCAAACUUCGAUUUGGUUCGCCCAGACAUUAGGGGUGUGCAAUGGUCCUCAAAUUUCUGGUAGAGCUUCUGUUCCAGCUAGCUAUUCUGUACUUGGAAACAAAGGCACCCAACUACCCCGAUUUCAAGGUGUUCUUUCCCUUUACUGCAUGAAUCGGCAACAAUGGCUGCCUGCCUACUUGCUCCUUAGCCUAUGUACCCUAAUAAACCCUCUUUCUUUCAUUGGGCAACGUCUCGCGCGCGUCCUUGUUCCUUUUCACUUCUUUUUCCCACAGCAAAUCUUCUCCUUCUUCAAUUCUUUCUAUAUACUUAUCAUGAUAAUGUUCUUUAAUCCAGCAAGAUUAUCAUGAAUCUUUCCUUAAUUAACUUUGUGUGUUCAGUCACACAAAGCAAAGCAUCUACGUUGAGAUUAUUAGGCUUAUAGCUCCUCCGCUCCGCCCCGCCGUCCACGCCGCCACCUUUUUCCAGGGACGGUGGCUCCGCCACCAACGAUCGGCCGCGUCCGUCCAUUACCAUUAUUAGCGAGCAAUUAAACCCAUCAUUAAUUUCCGGGGUUAAGGGGUUUAAAUUACUUUUGGACCGUCUCUCUUGGUUUGAAAAUUCUUGACCGGCCAUUACUUAAUUAACCCGCCAAACGGCUAGCUACCACUCGUGAUGAUUGUUGGGGGUAUACAUAGGACAUUGAUUAGUGAUAGGAUUUUUUUUAAUAUUAACGUAAAAUGAUUAGGCUUAAUGAGCCUGACGGCGGGAAAUUGUAAUCAAUUGUAAUUGAUAUUAACGCAAAUAUAUGCUUUGGCAUUCCAAAUGGACAACGAGGAAAGAAAGCAAAACAAUCCGUAACUUUUAUGAUACACUAAUCAAAGGAGGAAGAAGGACAUCAUUGCCAAAUGGUCCCUCGAAAAUGAGAUGAUUAAGGGUGUUGUGUUGUGUCUUCUUUUAAAGUGGUGAUUAUAUGUUGUCCUUUGGCUAUAAUUAAGUUCAAUGCAAAGCAAAUGUUAACACUAAAACAUGAUUUAGAGGUGUCCCAUGACUAGGUGUCCGCUAAUUUGCUUUAUUCUCCUUUCUUGUUAACUAAGGGGAACAUGUAUAAUCAAUGACGGGAAAGGGAUAGAACCCAUAGUUUAAAGGUGGAUUUUUGUAUUGGUCGAUGCAUUUCUUAUAAGGCCUUGGUAUAACAUAUAUGCAUUGGAUCUCAGCUUUUGUGUAAAAACUUACACGAUGUCACUUGUAAACAUUUAACGAUAAAUUUGUACUUAUAUAGAUGAAUUUGUAUGGUUAAAUGUACAAAUCUAAUAUUUCAAUACUUACAGAUAAAAAAAAAUGGUUUAUGUGACUACGAAAUUUAUAAUAAUGGGGCAAAUUAAGAGAUGUUAAAAAAGAGGUUUCGUUUACCGUUUUCAAAUGAUAAUUACGAAAUGGAUAAAUAUAACCGUGUUCUACAUGCAUUCACAAGUGCUAUUCUCAUUAAUGUAUUCAUCAUCAGGAGAAUUCAAAAUCCAACUAAGUAUUGAAUAUGGUAUCAUAUAUGUAAAGUCAUACAUCCAAAUCACCCGUGACUUAGAGACCGAUGUUAUGAACGAAUAGUUGCCAACAUUAGGUCUUCUUAUCUUCCUUUUGGAACACAUUUUUCAUUCACCUUGUAAUACUCUUUUUUUCUCGUAUUUGUUGUAUGUUUAAUUGUUGAUGAAAUUGAAAUUUGUAAAUUUAUUAAUGAAUAAAAUUGAGAAGCUCUUUAAAUUCUCUAAUAAGAAAAAAAAACUAAACCCUGCCCGAUUUCAACCCGCGCGUCUUAGUCUUUCCCAGAGAUGAGCUAUGGUGGAAUAUCAGUUGGAGUACUUUUAGGAAGUAAACGGCAGACAUAUAGGAUGUGGAAGCUACCCUGGAAGGGGAAAAAAGCAUUGAGCAAAUUAAAGAUAAGAGAAACAUGAAGACUAUAAAUGAUGAUUAUUGCUUAGUGGACUUCCAUAGUGAUCAAAUCAAGGUCAUAUAAUCAGAAAAUUCAGCAGAGAAUCAAUUACAUUCAUGGCCAAACAAUGGUAGGCAGAGGAGAAUAUGCUAUUCAUCAAGGGUGGCCUCGACAGAUUAUAUAUGAGGCUAUAAUACUCUUUUACAUGCUAUUUCAAACGAAAGCCAACUUACGGGUUUAAAAGUUUGCACAUGUCCACCAUAUGUUGUGCUUAAAUCAACUGUUAAUUAAUACUAAACGUCAUGAAUAUUUGAACAGACAAUGAGAAAAAGGACUUCUCGUAGUUCGAGUCGUUGAUACCCCGCGGGAAAGGGAAGUUCUGCCCUAUGGUGAUUCCGACAGAAAAGAAAUUAGAUGAUAUGAUUAUCGCCGAUUUUAUGACCGGAAAGUUCUUAUGUUCGAAUCCCAAUGACUCUCAUUUGUUAAGCACAUGGUAUUUCGAACAUGUGCAAGUUUCAAUCUCGUAUAAUUUGUCUUUCGUGUGAUACAAGAUUCACGAUUGAGUCGCUUCUUCCCCAACUAACCGAGUUACUAAACCGAUUGGUUAAUCCAUGACACAAAUGUGGGGCCUCCACUCCAGGGAAUCAUUUCAACCAUUAAGGUGGCAAAAGUGACCAUUGAAUAACAUAAAAGGAAACACAAAUGCGAUAUUAGGAACCAAAAAAUGUGGACAAUUUGUACAAAAACGAAGGGCCAAAGAGAGCUCGAGGGCCCAUCUAUAUCUUAUUCCCAAUUGGUUUUGUCCAUCGUCUAAUCUAAAGUUGGGGAAAAAAGCACUCAAAUAUAGCUUCAACUUGGCCCUUCAAAGUGUAUGUAUGGGGUUUAUCGUCCCAGGUCUUGGAACCACUUUGUCGACUCACUCACAUCAAAGACAAAAUAAACGGCAUCUAUCUAUGCUUCUAUAUAUAUAAGAGUCGUUAUGCCAAUUGCCAGGUUCUUGGGAUUCAAUCCUCACAUGAUUGAGAAUUUGAGGAUACCAUAAAUCUUUUGCUCUAUUUUCUUUUCGUCCCCUCGUUGUUGUGUAAGAUUGAAAAAACAAGUUGGGUUAUUGCCUUUUGAUUGUACAGAAUGGGAAUCUCUCCUUAAAAUGAUGGAAUUCAUCAUUGUGAUGCGCCGAUUAGGAAUGACAAUGUGGUAGGUCCGGGGCGGGUAUCUCGAUACCCAUACCCGUUUCGUGGCAGGUCGGGUAAUUUUUCAUGGGGUGCGGGUCGGGGCAGGCCGACCCAAUGAGUAUGUAAUUUAUAUGAAAAACAUAAGAAAUAUUCGUUAUUUUCCUUAAAAUACCAAGAAACAAACCAUAAUAUGAUAAAGUGUAGUUAAAUUAUUGGAGAAAUUGAGUUUUCCACUUGCUUACAACUUUAUUAUAUCUAAAAUAUGAGGUAAUAAAAGGAAAAUCCUAAGUAAUUUGACUAAAAUUACAUGUAAUUUAGGCAAGAACGGGUCAGGGCAGGUCGGGUCGAUAAGAGGUACCCAUGUCUGCCCCGUCCCAAAACAGGUCGAACAGAUCGGGUAAAACGAAUCAAGUCGAAAUUGACAUCCCUAGCGCUGAUGUUUAAGAAUAAGAUUAUAAGACAUGUAUCUCAUGCUUAAUUAUAGGUAUGUUGCAAACUAACCGCCUAACUUGUUUUGGUUGCAAUUAAAGCAUAUAAUUCGAAUUUCAGUUGCAACUAAACCAUAUUAAUCUAAUUUCGGUUUCACCAUCACAAUUUCCGUCCACAAACUUAACGACGGAUAACAAACAAAAAAUUAUUAUACUAUCAUUUUGAAGAAAUUAAAACCUAUAUAAUCAUUUCGUACAAAUGCCAUCCUUUUUUUUGUUAUGUCAAUUUUUUAACAAUAAACAAUUAAGUAAAUGUAUCAUCAAAUAAACAAGCCAAGAAUGAUUAUUCGGGAUAUUAUUAUAAUCAUUGUAAAUGUAUUCAACUGACAUUUCGACCAACAACAGGUUGAACACAAAACUAGUUAUUUACUAUAUACCACUCUCAAUCCAUCACUUGUGUCAUGCCACAAAAGCUAACAUUCUUCCCCGGUUUGCACAUUCCAAACUUGUGGCAUGAUCCCAUCUACCUUAUAAUUAAGAUAGUGAAGUAGCUCUUUCUCUCAUUCACCAAAUUCAUUGUUUAUUAAUUUCGUUAUUAUCUGGCGAACAACAUGCGCAAUUAAUGACCAUACCGUGGCGACCAUCAUGAAAGCUAGAUAGUAUUAAUGGAAAGUAUAGUGAUGUGUGUUACGGAAAAGAGUGGCUGAAAUUCAUGACAGGAAAUGUAGUAGUGGACCAUUUGGCAUCAAGGCCUCUUCCCUUGGAAUUGUAAGUACUACCGUUCCCAUCCAAGUCAAACCGUACCAGAGAUAAUAUCGAAAAAUUUAGUAAUAUGGUAUUUUGUGUUUAAAUUGUGAUUUUAACCGUGACACAACUUUUUUAUAUCGAUAAAAACACGUACCAAUUUUAGUUUCAAUAGAUAACUUUUUUCGAUUGGAUCCAUCGAUCGAUAUAUAUCUACUAUUAAUCUGACAAAGACCCAGCAGAUUCGCAGCUUCAAUUUGGAUGAUAGGUGCCUAAAUGAUGACUUCUGGAAGUUGAUGAACUUUGGAAGGUGAUUAUUUAUAUGAAAUAAUAGAUUUUGGAACACAUUGAAUUUUAGGGAGUUGUUUGAUUAGUACAUAUAGUUUGUAAUGUGUAGAUUAUAUUGUGUCAGUUCAUUAUGUGCUGGUAGGCAGUCUGUUUAAUAAGUAACAAAUUUGUGAAAUUUUGAAAGGAGUAAAGUUAAUUUGGAAAUGGAUAAUUGUUUGUGUAACUCUUAUAUUGCAAUAAUAGUUUUUAGGUUAAUGGUAAAUAGUUGAUUUCAGAAUCGGAUGGUGGUUUGCUUGUUGAGUUUAGUACUAGUGCAUUCACAAAUACUUAUUUAGUAAGAUACAUUGAAAUAGACUUAUAUAAUAGUGUAGACAACGAAUGUUUUUGCGUUUCUUUCACUAUAUGAAAUUCUUUCGUAGUUGUUUCUGAAAAGUAUUAUUGUAUAAUCGGUUAUUUUUAAUUUAUGAAUGAAUUAUUCUAAUAUAAUUACUUUUAAUUAUUUUGUAUUAAAUAAUUUUUUUAUUCAAUAUUUAUAUAUUUAAAUUAUGAAAAAAAAAAUAGGGGUGGUUUGAAAUGCUGCCUCCGCCACUAAUCUCAAUAAUAAUAUAUAGCAAGGAGGGAGAGGAUCUUGCUUUGUCUUUAUGUGUAGCUGCUUUUUGUCUCGUCGUCUUGAUUUCUUUUGAUGCUUCUCUUUAGUAACAGAAAAUUUCCGGUACUACCCUCCUCUGCUGAGACUGGUUGUUAACACAAAAAGGAUAAUCGAGAAUUCGAAAAAUGGUAAUCAGAUUUUGCAUGGAAGGAUUUACGAGGCAGUCAAAAAAGAAGGCAACGAAAAGGAUGGUUGCGCCAUCGGCCCAGCAGCAACCCAGCCGGGCCCUUCUUGCUGUUUUACCAAACCGCAUGUACUUUUCUUUAAUCCGAUUUAAUUAAAAAAAUAAUUCGUCUUCAAUGAUUGUGAAUAAGGUAUGGGAGAUUCAUAUUUGUCUUAAUUCAGCUUACGCGCACAACACAUAAAUCACAAUGAUAGGUUUCUCAAACAAAAGCGUAUCUCAAAUUUAAUCGUACAGAUGUUAUCAUCCUUACAUUCUUUGCUCCGUUAUGUAGAUUAUGAAAAGCCUCAUACCGUUCUUUUCCCUCCUCUCCAACCUUCCCUGACCGGCCCCAUUUAUUCAUUUCCCUUCUUAACCCUUUUGUGUUCUUCUUCCUUGCUAGCUAGCAUUAACAUUUAACUCUUCUUCUACGCGUACGUACCUUAGGUUCCCUGGUUGCCAUGGAUGGCAACGGAUAUCUAUUUUGCAGGCUUAAAAUGGCAUCGUCUUCUCUCAUCAUUAUUCCUCCUUGCUCUGCUCUUCUCUCCCUAGCCAUUCAAUUUUUCAACCCUACUCUCAUAACGUUCUUAGGCUAGCUUCCUGGUGGUCCACUAAAAUCCUUUCUUUCCAUUCCAUGGGCUCUGUCUAUACCUGGCCCAAUCUAUGGACCAGUGGUACAAGAAGGACAUAAGCAAGUGAGCUGAAUCAUAAGCCCGUGACUUGGGCUUUCGCAUGUCAUAGCCCACGCCUUGUUGAGCGUAAAGCCCAAGCCCAACGAAGCUUGCUUCGUUUGGUCACCUAGCCAGGAAUCAGGAUUCAACCAUGUGUUCGGCCGCUCCCUCCCGAAGUCUCUGCUCAACACCAUAUUCUGGAGAAUUGCGUUUCUCUGCUCAACACCAUAGAAAGAAAAUCAAACCUGCUCCAUUCUUCCUUCCAUCAACCGCUUCUUCUUUCUUCUCCUGUGACAACAAAAAAAGCUCCCUCCUUUUUGUUCGAUGCUCUGCGUAGUUUCAACAGCCUCGCACAGACAGGCAUUCUCUACCCAGUACCUGGAUUAACCCAUAAAACAUGGCGGCUUCCUUGCUUUGCCGCAGAAAGAUUGCAGCUUUCUCAAUUUCUCGCGUCUUAAAUGCAUACAAUGUGAAGUUGGACGGGCUUCACGUGGAAUUGGCCUAUGGAGGUUCAGCUGGUGUAUGCAAUAGAAACUACAGCAGCAGACGUGCAGCAAAGAUUGAUUUCACGGACCUGACUUCUCCUCACACAUGGUACCCAAAGGCCAGGAGAAAGAUCCGCAAGGUUUUCCUGCACGUUGGCCCGACUAACAGUGGUAAAACCUACCAUGCUUUGAAAAGUCUUCAAUCCAGUCCUUCCGGAAUAUAUUGUGGUCCUUUGAGAUUGUUGGCAUGGGAGGUGGCAAACAGAUUGAACAAGGCAAAUGUUCCAUGUGACCUUAUAACUGGACAAGAGGUGGAGACUGUUGAUGGUGCAAAACACAAGGCCGUUACAGUCGAAAUGGUUGAUGUGAAUUCGGAUUACUCUUGUGCUGUCAUUGAUGAAAUCCAGAUGUUGGGAUGUAAGACAAGGGGCUUCUCAUUUACUCGAGCCCUUCUUGGAAUUUCUGCUGAUGAACUUCACCUUUGUGGAGAUCCUGCUGCCGUUCCGCUUAUUGAGGAAAUACUUAAGGUCACUGGUGAUGAUGUCAAGAUUGAAACUUAUGAGAGACUUUUACCUUUAGUUCCCUUGAAGAAACCUCUUGGAUCAUUUGACAACAUACAAACUGGUGAUUGCAUUGUGACAUUUUCGAGGAAGCAAAUCUACAAAUUGAAGAAAAAAAUUGAAACUGGAGCCAAUCAUCUCUGUUCUGUUGUAUAUGGCUCGUUGCCACCAGAGACUCGAACGAGACAGGCAACAAUGUUCAAUGAUGCAACCAGUGAAUUUGAUGUCCUUGUGGCGAGUGAUGCAAUUGGGAUGGGACUGAAUUUGAACAUCUCUAGGAUUAUCUUUUCAACGAUGCAAAAGUUUGAUGGUGUUGAGAUGCGGGAUCUAACUGUAUCAGAGAUCAAACAAAUUGCAGGAAGAGCUGGCAGGUAUGGAUCAAAAUUCCCUGUCGGAGAAGUGACUUGUCUUGAUGGAGCUGAUCUACCCUUGCUUCAUUCAUCACUCAAAUCUCCAUCCCCUCCCCUGGAGCGUGCUGGAUUAUUCCCUUCAUUUGAUCUCAUGUACAUGCAUUCUCGUUUGCAUCCUGAACUUGACCUUUACCAGAUAUUAGAACAUUUCACGAAAAACGCCAAGCUAUCGGAUAAAUAUUUCAUCGCAGAUUGCGAAGAACUAUUGAAAGCCGCUGUUGUUCUGGAUACAUUGCCCCUUUCGUUACAUGAUAAGUACCUGUUCUGCAUCAGCCCUGUCGACAUGAACGAUGAAAUCUCGUCUCAAGGUCUUACACAGUUCGCCUCAAAUUAUUCAAAAAAAGGCCUCGUCCGACUUAAAGAGAUCUUUACUCCCGGAUCACUUAUGGUGCCGAAAACACCAGCAGCGCUACAAGAACUUGAAUCCAUCCACAAGGUGUUGGAUCUCUAUGUCUGGUUGAGUUUUCGGUUAGCGGAUUCGUUCCCAGAUCGCACACUGGCAGCUUCACAGAAAGCCAUUUGCAGCAUGUUGAUUGAGGAGUUCCUAGAAAGAUUUGGGUGGCAAGCACCGGCAGCAAAGAAGUUGCCAGCAACGACUACCUUAAGAUCUCUUUUCCAGAAGAAGACAUAUUUGAAAUGAUAAUUACACUUUGACGAAACAUGUACAAACUUUCUUCUUUUUACACGAUAAAACUGAGCAGUUUUG